CAUUAUACGUGCUUGAGUCUCCCGACCUACAAUUACGGGCUCUACCGCAACUACGUGUUGUUUAAGGAAGCUAGCUGCUUGUAGCAUCGUCCACCGACCGAUCAUGGCGCGGAUCCACCUCUACGUCGCCGCGGCCUGCGCCGUCGUCCUGGCGCUCGCCGCGCCCUCCCUCGCCGGCGACCCCGACAUGCUGCAGGACGUCUGCGUCGCCGACCUCGCCUCCCCGAUCAAGCUGAAUGGAUUCCCGUGCAAGGCGAACGUGACGGCGGACGACUUCUUCUUCGCGGGGCUCAAGAAACCCGGCAAGAUCAGCAACCCGGCGGGUUCCUUGGUGACGGCGGCCAACGUGGAGAAGCUCCCGGGGGUGAACACGCUGGGCGUCUCCAUCGCGCGCAUCGACUACGCCCCGGGGGGCCAGAACCCGCCGCACACGCACCCGCGCGCCACCGAGAUAGUGUUCGUCCUCGAGGGCACGCUCGAGGUGGGAUUCAUCACCACCGCCAACAAGCUCUUCACCAAGACCAUCACCAAGGGGGAGGUCUUCGUCUUCCCGCGCGGGCUCGUGCACUUCCAGCAGAACAGGGGAAAGGGCCCCGCCGCCGUCGUCGCUGCCUUCAACAGCCAGCUCCAGGGCACGCAGCAAAUCGCCGCCACGCUGUUCGGCGCCGCACCGCCGGUACCCACGGACAUCCUGGCCAAGGCCUUCAAGAUCGGCAACCGGGAGGUGGACGCCAUCAAGUCCAAGUUCGCGCCCAAGUAGUCAUUGCGUCAUCGACCGCUUGCAUUCGUUAGUUUCUGAAUAAAUCGCGUUUGUUGAUUGCUGAAUAUAUCGUGAGCUCCAAGUGAUCGCAUUUGUUCA